CGAAGCGAGUGGUUGUGUAUCUAUUCCGGUUUUCCAGGGGUAGAUUUUCCGAUAUUAUGUAGAUUUUUCUCCUUACCUUCAGUCAUUACAUACGGAUAUAUUGUUUGAUAAUGUCGCCGGUUCUUUUAGCUGUUGUUGCUGUCAUACUAUGUAUACUUUUUCGAAUAUUGAAUGUGAAUAGCCAGCCCCAAAAUCCAGUAAUUUAUGGAAGAGACAGAAGUUUCAUUGAAAACAUCUUGUUCGUGUCACCAUUCUUAAAUGAAGCUUAUUUCCCUACACGUCUAUGGGGCUUCAGUGGACAUGUUCAGACGAUCCUACACAGUCUUAUUGGACGUGUAAGAUGUCCAUGGCCGAUUGGAGGUCGCAUUUCACUAGUCCUGCCAGACAAGUCUACACUCACAUAUGAUUUGUAUGAACCAGUGGGAUCUGAACAUGAAGAUGACGUCACUGUGGCUAUCUGUCCCGGCAUCGGCAACACAUCUGAGAGCGUGUACAUACGCACUUAUGUACAUUAUUCGCAAUGCCACGGAUAUCGUUGUGCCGUUCUAAACCACAUCGGCGCCCUCCACAGCGUGCCGGUAACCGGCAACCGAAUAUUCUCGUAUGGUCACACAGACGAUUUCAACUACAUGAUUGAAAAUCUGAUGGAACGCUACCCCAAUACAAAGUUGAUUCUAGUCGGUUUCAGCCUUGGAGGCAAUUUAAUCACAAAAUACCUGGGCGAGGAGAGGAAACGGCCCGCCAAUAUAAUAGGAGGUAUCUCAAUAUGUCAGGGAUACAAUGCUAUUGAUACCAUGGUAUACUUACUACAAUGGCAGAAUUUCCGUCGUUUCUACUUGUACAUCAUGACAGAUAACUACCGCAACAUUAUCACGCGUCACAAACGAAUGCUACUUAGUCCUGAGAUGAAGAGUAGAUACUGCCUCGAUGAAAAUAUGAUUGUAUCCGCCGGCACACUGCCCGAUCUAGACGAGGCGUAUUCCAGGAGGGUGUACGGGUUCGAGUCCGUGGCGGACCUGUACAAGUGGAGUUCGUCAGCCUUCUAUCUGCACAACAUAAAGACCCCGAUGGUGUUCGUGAAUGCGCGCGACGACCCGAUCGUCCCGGAGCCCCUGCUGCCCAUCGUCCGAGAGUUUGUUAGUUCACACGACAAAGCCAUGUACCUGGAGUUGGCCCACGGCGGACACUUGGGUUUCUAUGAAGGCGGUCUGCUGUACGCGAACCCCGUGACGUGGCUGGACCGCGCGCUGGUGGGGCUGGUGGGGGGGCUGCUCAUGGCACACAACAAGUGCUCGCCCAAGGACGCGCUGGCGCACGCCGACUGCUCCGCCUCCGACGACGAACCUGAUCUCAUCAAAUCCACCACCAUCGUGUACCGCGACCCCUUGGACAAGGUGUCGUCGAAAUGCAACUAAAUUGUCCAACUACUAGAACAAUUGUAAGUUGUUUACGUGAACCUAGGUGUUAGUGGGUUAGGGCGUUUUAACGCGUUUAAUGUGUAAAGACAACGGUGUCGACCGCAAACGUAAAUCUCUCAUUCUCCAUAAUCUCGGAAGUUUUAAUAAAGUUGUUUAUAUGUAACGGCAGCUCCACAUUAGUGCCGUGAAUUAACUUUUUUUUCCCCACCUAUUCUAGUAACCUCGAGAGGUUAUUCUAGAUUCACCGAGCUAGUAGGUGAGCUCACGGGGCUCAAGCCGGGAGUGUUG